AUGACAGCCGGCAAGAUGCCUCUCAUCCUGGAGAAUCCCAUGGGCGGGGAGGCGAUGCAGGUCGACUUGGACGACGUCGACGACCUCUUUGGCGACGGCGCGCCCCUCUCGCUGCCACCGCGGCCGGUGAGCAAACGCCUGCGUCAGAGAAUAGAUGACCUCCGAACCCGAGGAGCUUGCCAAGGUGUUGCCUGGUCCAAGGGCGGUACGAUAGCCUCCAUCGACCCAGAUGGCCGCUCUCUCCAGCUCAGAUAUAUCCGUGCCGAGUCCAAGGACGCCGCUUUUAGCUUAAGUGAUCCCACUAUUAUCGCCCCUUGGGGAGGGGUCGCCGGAGGACCUCUCGUCCAUCUUACCUGGGGACCGGUACUCUCGGAGCUCGCAGUCAUCGAUGCCGUAGGGAGGGUCGCUAUUCUCAAUUUCAGUGCCAAUCUGAACCGCCCGUUGAUGCCCAGGAGAUGGGACGCCGACCCCAUCGACGAUUUGCAUGCCGUCGUCGGGACCUAUUGGCUACCAAACAUGCCCGUAUCUAACCCCCGAUACAUCCCAUCUUAUGCCCCAGCGGUCCGGAAUGGCAACGGAAACAACUACAACUUCCAAAUGACUCCCAUCGUAGCCACUGGUCCAUACCACCCUCAUCCUACCAAGUCUGCUCUGGUUUGCAUUACGACGAACGGCCUGUUGAAGAUGUUCUGGAGUCAAAACACCAACAGGAUCGAGGAGACUACCCUGGAACUCGAGAACAAUACGUGGGCAGACGACUUGGUAACCCACGCUGCUGUGUGCUCCGAUCGGAGCAAAUCGCUCAUGGUCGGCAUGGUGACCAAGUCAAAGCAACUUCGCGUAGUUCAGGUCGGCGUGAACUGGGUUACGCUCAAAUCCGAAGCGCCUCAGAAUCCAACCGCCGGGGGGCAGGUACUAAGUCCCACGUUCUUCAAAAGGCACAUAGCGGUGACGAGUUGGUUCCAACCUGCGUCUAGCGAUUCUCCUCUCGACGCAUCCAUGUCCAGGAUCACCCAUAUCGAAAUGCUGCCUACUAUAUUCAGCGCUCCGACCAAGGAAUGGUCGCCUGCGAUGAUCCUGACCGUGCGGUCCUACAUCCCCCAACCAAAUUCCCCUUACGCCCAAGAAGCACAGAGCAUUCUCGAUCGCUGGGAACUCCUGACCGACCAGCAACAGUCACCCCAUCCUGCCUUCGAGCAGCUGGGAGCUCGGCGAAAUAGCGUCGGCUCAGCCCCUCCAAACGGCGUUAGGCUCAGAAAGCUCGAACCCGUCGUCGUCAAUAAAAUCAUAAUAGGUGUGAACCUAGUGAAUUUCGGCAGGACUGUCUGCCUUGCCUACAGUGACGGGAGCAUAGAAUAUCGGGACAGGUUCACCAUGGCCGAGCUCUACCAAGAAGCCAACCUAGACCGCAUCCACUCGGUGCUUGAGGCCGGCUUCUCCCAGACUGGAGAAUCCUCAUGUCUCCAGGUCGCGCUAUCACCAACGAACUUCUCACUGGCACAAAUAUGCGAGGAUGGCCAGGUGAAAUGGAAUAGCAUUAACUACACCUUAGCGGACCCCGGCACAAUGACGGAUGCGCAAGUUUCUGCGCUCGUUGCUAGCUUCACGAUAUCAACGGCGCAGGCUACCGCCCUGGGUGGGAACAUCGACGAUAUUUUAGCCGUCGCUAGGAAUUUCGUUGGCAGAGACGGCUUUGCCGUGGAGUGGGUGAAGACCAUGGUGCAGAUGAUGAAGAUCACUGUCGACUAUACCGAAGACGCCCCUCACGAUCACCUUAUCAAGAAUGGCGUCCUACAGAUGUGCCUCAGCAUCAUUAACUAUCUAGGAUGGAAAGGCGACUCCCAACCUCGACAGGCUUGGGGAAAGCUGUCCACGAUUGCCCUUAGCCUGCGCAACAUAGUCAUUAUGAUCACUCUCUCGAGUAACACCAUAAACAUGUCCAAGAACGGCGCGAGCAACAUGACCCCGCUGGACGAGCCUGAGGUUGUCAAUGCUCUAGCCGGCUGUGUUAAAUGGUCGACCGACUUGCUCUGCUGGCUAUGCGACUCACUGUUCUGCCUCCUCGACGAUCCUAAAUUUAUGAAUCUCCUCAAGCAGCCUCAGUUGGCGCAGAUGACGGCAUACCUGCAUUCCAAGAAUGAGAUUGCGUUACACUUAGUGUUGUGCUCGGCAACGCGCGGCCUGCUGUCUGCGGUAUGUCGCCGCAUAUCGCUGCUCGAUUCCUUCUCCACCAAGUGCAUCAACUGGUACGAGAACCGCGAGAAGACUGCUGCCAACGCAAACACUCAACCCGACCCCCGCGCCGCCGCCCACGCCGCCUUGUACGCCGCAUACCAGAAGAUACGGCAAUAUACUUCAUCCUCGCUUAUUAAAGCCGACGAGUUCGACAAACUCCUCACAGGCCUAGGCUCCGAUAUACGGUCGGCGUAUAACACAUCGCUUGCGGUCCUCGGGGAGCAGGCUGCUCGAGCCGCGAAUAGUAACCAGCCUCUGCCGGGCCAAGGCGCAAAUGCUCCUCGACUUGAUGUGUCGCAAGAAGCCAUUGCUCGCGGCCGCCAACACUGUGAGCUUAAUAUGCUUGUACUGCAGGCGCCCCCUCCGUCCUUCGUAUCGGUCGUCGAUAAGUUCUUCAAUAAGGACCUUAAGGAAUUCCGGUCCCACGUCAACGUUGCCGAAUUAUAUUUUGCCGACUACGGGUUGCUUGAGAUAAACGACGGUCCGCGAACGCUGGAAAGGAAGAGGAAGACCGGCAUGAGGGUUGACCUCUUCAAGAGGACCAUACUUUCCAAGAACCAACCCCCUUCGAACGGAUUCGCGUUUCCCUGGAGAUUUUGCGUCAGGUGCGGGAGCGUGAUGGAGGACCUCGCCAUGCUUGGCCCGAAACAGGGCCUUGGGUUCUUACUCCGUCAGCAAUUACACUGCUGCUGCGGCGGCCGGAUGGCCUUGCUCCCAGCAUGAGUGUUUCAUCAAUAACGGUCACCGGCUUUCUCGUCAGCCCUAAUUGCCGACACAAAAGGAACCCAACCAGUCUCUUUUCCGUACUGCUUCCGUACCUGGAGUUGGCCCGUAUAUUUCCUGGCAUCUUCAUAACCAUGUUUCGCAUCGAGAACCCCUUUUUUGGUUUCUAACAGUACACUAGCGGUUGUUGGAGGGAACAAGGAGUGAGCCCCUCGUAGUCGUCUAUACCUGAACUGCUUACGGAUCAUAGGACAUGGUAGUUCAGUACAGCCUGCUUUUUAUCGUUUCGGUUUGC